AGCACGGCUGCUGUCACUCCGGUAGUUCCGGUACAUUUGUCCGCACCAGCAGCGGGGAGAUGUCGGCCCAGGAGAAGGUUAGACUGCUGCUCAGCCGGCAAAAUGGAAAACCGGUCCUUAAGCCGAACCGAGCCCUGGUACUGAAAGACGCCGUGGCGAUUCGCAGACCCCGGAAAGGCGAGGCCACCUGCAUCACUGAGAUGUCCGUCCUCAUGGCCUGCUGGAAGCAGAAUAACUUUGUGGAUGCCCUGUGCUCCACUGAGAUCAGCAGCUUCUACACUUGUGUGUCCAAAGCUCAGGAAGCGAUGAAGAAUCAGUCAGAGCAGAGUCUCCAUCAAGGACGUCUACCUCCAAAACAAGCCCUCACCCUGCUGAAGAGGUUCCCCAACAUUCAAUCGGAGAUCUAACCUGUCACGUGCUCACCGCCAGGGCGAAAGGACCGAAGGCGGGGCUUCUAUGAUCGGGUUUAAGGUGUUGAGCCUGGUCAGCUGUUGUAUGACUGAGAUUUUGUGAAUUUGUAAUAAAUGUAUAAUAAAUUGGUCAGCCAAAC